UUCCGGUCACGUGAUAGGGGGUCACGCAAUUGAGCAUUACUCAGACCCCUCUGACGUGGCACAUGCAACGACACCUUUUCACAUCCGCCAUUUUGGAGACUGGUAUCUACCUGAGGCCUUUUUGUGAUAAGCGCCAAAUCGUACAAGCAAUCAACCAUGGGGAACGUGUUCGCUAAGCUGUUCCAGGGCCUCUUUGGUAAAAAAGAGAUGCGGAUAUUGAUGGUUGGGUUGGACGCCGCAGGAAAGACAACCAUUUUGUACAAACUCAAGCUGGGAGAGAUUGUCACAACCAUUCCGACCAUUGGUUUUAAUGUAGAGACUGUCGAGUACAAGAACAUCAGUUUCACUGUGUGGGAUGUGGGCGGCCAGGACAAGAUCAGACCGCUGUGGCGUCACUAUUUCCAGAACACACAAGGCCUUAUCUUUGUGGUAGACAGCAAUGACAGGGAACGUGCCACGGAGGCUCGGGAAGAGUUGCAGCGAAUGCUGGCAGAGGAUGAGCUCAGAGAUGCCGUAUUGUUAGUGUUUGCCAACAAGCAGGACCUUCCGAAUGCCAUGAAUGCUGCAGAAAUCACGGACAAGUUGGCAUUACACAACCUGCGUAACCGACAAUGGUACAUCCAGGCCACAUGUGCAACCAGCGGCGACGGGCUAUACGAAGGGCUGGACUGGCUUUCCAACCAACUCAAAAACAACAAAUAACUUCACCUAGCAGAAACACAUGGUUUUGGGCAGCUUGGAGGAGGGGGCACUGUUCAGCCUUGUACAAAGCUAUCCCUGACCGACCCUUGUAGUUUUCCUUAUCAUUCUGUAGGAUUUUAUUCCUGUAUCGAAGGAUCUCCUUUGUGAGGGUAUGGUGACGAGAGGUUUCCAAUUGAAACCAUCAAUAUUCUGUCAUUGUUAGGACAGUAAAGCCAGCAUUACUUGUUGCGGCAUCCCUGUUUGUGAACUGUUCACCUGUGUACACACAUUGUUGACUAGUUUCGCAGCACCUGGCACAGGUAACUUAACACAGUACUGCAGUAAUGCGUCCAAGCAAGUCUUAGCCCCUAACUUUUAACAGAUGUGGACUUGGUGUGCAGAUGGGUGAAAUUGUUUUUACAAAGGGGACAGCUAGAAGCAACAUAAGAGGACUGGCAGAAAGAAAAUCUUUGGGAAUAUAGAAAGAAAUUGAGACCUUGUCUUGGCUAAACUCAUGUUUGUUCAUGCAGAAUUGUAAGGAAAGCUGUAAGGGAUCCUUCAGGAUUUGGAAAGUGAUAGUGUAAUCAUUUGUUACAUAGUGUAAGACCUUUUAGCAAACGAAACGAGAAUCCAGUUUUCCUCUCACUUUGAUUUUCAAGUUACUAAUUGAGUGUUCUCGAGCCCAGACCAAAUUACCACACAUAUAAACAAUGGCUGUGAUUAUAUACUGCACAGAACCAGUAAAAAAACCUUGCACAUUUCCUCAUUUGUACAUUUCCUUUUAGUUGGUUACAGGCACAUAGGAGAAACUAGAUACAUCAGACAACGCAGUGUUUUUAGUAAAAAAAGAAAAAGCUAAAUGUCCACAGCAUUCAAGUCAGGUCAUGUCAGAUAAACCAAUGGAUGAUGCUCACACAUAUACCUUCAACCUAAUAAUUGUAUGUUGGUACUUUCUGGUAGCAGGCACUGCAAGCAUAAGAGUUUGAUGUAAAUUAUAUGUGAAAUAAACAAGCAAGCAUCUGUUUAUUUGCAGAACUGUUUAUUUACAAGAGUGGUGAAAACUGUAAUACUAAGAUGUACCUAAAUCAGUAUAUUGUGUAUUGUCUAUCUCAAUGCUACUAACAAACCGUAUGUCUUGCUUUCUUUGGACAGAAUUUGUAAUUGUUGACGUCAUCCAUGGAUUUUAUUAAGAUGGCCUCUGUAUGGAUAGCAAGAAAGCAGAUUUUUUUUGUUUUCUCGUAAACAGUACUAAGUCGGCAGGCAGUUUAGUGGUGAAUAUGUUCUGCCUGUAUUGAGAACAGCACUUGUUAUUGACUGUCAUCCGUGUCACACUGGUUGUGUGUUGUACGCAGACUUUCAGAAACUAUACGACAGCGACUUGCUGGCAGAGUUAAACUGUUUUAGUGCUGCCGACGCGCUCAACUACUUCUGUGUUUUUUGGGAAAAUUAAGUUAGAGAUGUUGUUUCUCACCUGCAGUCUGACCAUAGAAAGGCUUCCUUUUCUUAAAUGAUCCUGGUAAUUUUACGAACAGUGCAUUUGGAAGUUGUGAAAUGUGUAUAGUCCCCGUGAAACACUAGCGACAAACUGUAUUUGUAGUAUCUGACAAAGAAGCUCUAAUCAUCUGAAUAUACAAGAUGUGAUACAUGCGUUUGCAUCAGAAUUGUUUUAGGCGAGGUGUUGGAAAUCAGUAUUCGAACACAAGACUGGUCGGCUGUACAGAGGUGUAUCACAUUGAUUUAAUAUUAUCUGGCAUGCUAAAUACUGUUGUACUGGGAUCGUUUCUGACUUAGUAUAUAUGACAUGAUUUAAGCUACUCUUAGUAAGAGAGAUGGAGACCAGUGUAUAAUGUAUCUGUCAGACCUGCUCUAGAAAAUGAUGAAGAGUUUGUCCAGGGAGUAUUGAUUCAUUACCAUGUAUGUAUGCACUCUACAUUAAUAAACUUGCAAUUACUGCUGUCA